AUGGAAUUUUAUGUGCCAGACAAUACUACUUACCUUCUGAGCCAAGUCUCCAGAAUAAUACAUCCAGAAUACAGUCCUUCACUUGACGAUAUAAUAAGAGCUAGGGCUUCAACUAAAGGGAUUUAUGAAAUUAUUUUUUCUUUCAGGCAAUUUACCAUAAGGUUAAUUGAUGUAGGCGGUCAGAAGACAGAACGUCGAAAGUGGAUUCAUUGUUUUGAGGGUGUCACCGCUAUUCUGUUCAUUGUUUCACUUGCUUGUUACAAUAAUGUAUUGGAGGAAGAUGCAAAUAUUGUGGGUUAA